AUGUCUUUAAUUGAAGACUACAUUGAAAAUACCAAUGAACCCUCAAAUCCAUAUUAUGCUACGAAUUCUGGAAGUCUUUUUCCAGAAUCUUUAGGAUUUGAGCCCGUUAUGUUGGAAGGAUUUGUUACUACUGGUUUAGCUGAUGAAUCUUCAAAUGUUUUUACAUUGGAUCGUGUUCAAUUUCAAUUUCCGGCAUCUUUAGUAGCAAUGGCAGUAUCUAAUGAAAUUCUUAUAAUGGCUUUAGAGACUAACCAUAUAUUGAGAAUAGAUUUACAACAAGCACACGACAUAUUGAAAUUCCAAAAAAACCCCGGUGAAUUAAAAAUCUACAAGAUAUUUUUUGAUCCAACUGGAAGACAUUUACUUAUUACAACUGAACAGGGAGAAAACUUUUAUUUAUUUGUUGAGAAAUGGAAAAAAGCCAAAGCACUUACCAAAUUUAAAGUUAUUGGUUGGAAUAAAUUCACAGUAACGCCAACAGAUACUUCUACAAAAAAGAUUUUGAUUGGAAGUCGUAAUGGAUUAAUUUAUGAAGCAGAGAUUGAACCAACUGAAGAGUUUUUUAAGAAAGAAGAGAAAUAUUCCACAACACCUACAAGAAUUUAUCAAUUUAUUGGUAAUGCAAAUCCUAGUGCAGAUAUUGAUAGUGGUGCAAUGUUUGAAAGUUUAUUCUCUAAAUAUGAAUCUAAUCCUGGAUUUCAGGAACUUCCCGGUGAUCUACCAUACAGCGAAUUACAUUUUUUUGCGCCAUAUAAUGAUCAAGGAUCUGCUAAAACCUUUGCAUGGUUAACAGGACCUGGUAUAUAUCAUGGUAAUCUUGUUUUUGGGUCACAAGAUGUUGGUGAUAGUGUAAUUGAUGUUGCACAAUUAUUACCUUAUCCGGCAACACCAUCUGAAAAUGAUCCAAAUUCAGUAGUAUCAGAGAUUCCAUUAUCCAUUGCUCUAACCGAAUUCCAUUUUAUAAUGUUAUACCAGGAACGUAUAAGAGCAAUAUGUCAAUUAAACGAUGCAAUAGUUUAUGAUGAAAUCAUUCCACUUAAAGCAGGUGAACAAGUUCGUACAAUGACA